AUGGCGACGGCGAUACCAGCCAAAUUGAAAGCUGCCGCCCCCGAUGUACAGCGCUUCGCGACCAGAGCUGCCCAGCUUGCAAAGCAUAGGCCGAUCGUAACAUACUGGUGCGAAUACUACAUUCUGCAACAGAUCCUAAGUCGACAGCUACAUACGUCAGACGAAGACUGCACGAACUAUGCAAUACGAUUAAUGGACAAGCUGGAAGCCUACAAGGCCGAGAAUGCUGCAAAUGAUGCUGUAAUAGACGAUGUUGCAGCCAAGGCAUACAUAGAAAACUUCGCUCUAGAAGUCUUCACCGGCGGCGAUGAAGCGCAGAGGAACAAUAAGGUGAUCAGGCAGACCGCCGACACCUUCCAGGCUGCAGCCACUUUCAUGGACCUCCUCACAAUAUGGGGACCUCUUGAGCCGGAGUUUGUUGCAAAGAGCAAGUUUGCAAAGUAUCAUGCUCUGCGGAUAGCCAAAGCGAUCAAAGCCGGCGAAGAUCCCAAUGCCACCAAUCCCGUCGUAGAGCAACCGCUGGCACCAGGAUCAGAGGAUGUUUCAUUAGAAGCAGAGCUCAAGAAUAUGGAAAAUGAUGCUGGAGUCUAUAAACCACCGACUGUUGAGAAUGUGCCAGAUAGCGGCUUUCCUUCAAGAUCGCCCUCCGCAUUGCAGACAGAUCCUGUGGCACCGCCAGCCUUACCGACAAGAGGAGUGGGCGACAUAUCACAACCACGGCCUACCGAGCACGAUGUGUCUCCGAUAGAACCACCUGAAGAUGUUGCCAGUCGGACUGGAUCAAUAGGAGGUGGAUAUUUUCCGACAGUGCCUGAUGCACCUUCAAAUGUCAAUGCAGUCGCGCCAGUGGAUCAACCGCCGUCAGUAGCAUCAUCACUCCCACCGUCAUCAGCAGCGCCAAACCCAGCUGAUUUCUACAACAUCCCUCCGCCGGUCGAAUCAACUACAACACCACGCGAUCUUGGAAACAUGCCUCAAGAUCGGCCAGGUUGCCCGCUGCCACAUCAGCAAAUGGCAUCGACUCCACUGGUAGCUCCCUCGCAACCGCCUGUACGAGCACCUGUGCCUUCCGGUGAGCCCACGAAUUUCAACGCUGCUCCGCCGCCAGGAGGCUACAGAGACGACGAUGAGUCGAUUAUGGCAGCCCAGAAGCAUGCGAAAUGGGCAAUAUCUGCUUUGAAUUUUGAAGAUGUUCAGACCGCCGUGAAGGAGCUGCGGAUUGCACUGCAGAGCCUGGGAGCUAGCUAG